UUCUUAUGCAAGAGGCUAAACGUAAUUAAAUUUGCAGGAUGAAAAGAUGGCACAGGCACUUCUGGUACCACCAGGACCUGACAGCUUUCGCUAUUUUACUAGAGAGUCUCUCGCAGCUAUUGAAAAACGUUCUGCAGAAGAAAAAGCUAAAAAGCCCAAACAAGAACAUACAGAUGAUGAUGAUGAAAAUGGCCCAAAGCCAAACAGUGAUUUGGAAGCAGGCAAGACACUUCCAUUUAUUUAUGGUGACAUACCUCCAGGAAUGGUGUCUGAGCCCCUGGAGGACCUGGACCCAUACUAUAUCAAUAAAAAAACUUUCAUAGUAUUGAAUAGAGGGAAGACAAUAUUCCGAUUCAGCGCCACAUCUGCCUUGUACAUUUUAACUCCUUUCAAUCCUCUUAGAAAAAUUGCUAUUAAGAUUUUGGUACAUUCGUUAUUCAGCAUGCUUAUUAUGUGCACUAUUUUGACCAACUGUGUAUUUAUGACCAUGAGUAACCCCCCAGACUGGACAAAGAAUGUAGAGUACACAUUCACUGGAAUUUAUACCUUUGAAUCACUUAUAAAAAUUCUUGCAAGGGGCUUUUGUUUAGAAGGUUUUACUUUCCUUCGAGAUCCGUGGAACUGGCUUGACUUCAGUGUCAUUUUGAUGGCAUAUGUGACAGAAUUUGUGGACCUGGGCAAUGUCUCAGCGUUGAGAACAUUCAGAGUUCUCCGAGCAUUGAAAACAAUAUCAGUCAUUCCAGGCUUGAAAACUAUCGUGGGAGCCCUAAUUCAGUCUGUGAAGAAGCUCUCGGAUGUAAUGAUCCUGACUGUUUUUUGUCUCAGUGUAUUUGCACUAAUAGGGCUGCAGCUGUUCAUGGGCAACUUGAGGCAUAAAUGCUUGCAGUGGCCUCCAGACAAUUCUACUUUUGAGAUAAACGUUAUUUCCUACUUUAAUAGCACAAUGGACAAAAAUGGUACAUUUGUUAAUACAACAGUGAGCACGUUUAACUGGAAGGAGUACGUUGAGGAUGAAACUCAUUUUUAUGUUUUGGAAGGACAAAGAGAUGCCCUACUUUGUGGUAAUAGCUCUGAUGCAGGUCAAUGCCCAGAAGGAUAUAUGUGUGUGAAAGCUGGUAGAAACCCCAACUAUGGCUAUACAAGCUUUGACACAUUCAGCUGGGCCUUUCUGUCACUCUUUCGGCUAAUGACUCAGGACUUCUGGGAAAAUCUUUAUCAGCUGACGCUACGAGCUGCUGGCAAAACAUACAUGAUAUUUUUUGUCUUGGUGAUUUUUCUGGGCUCUUUCUAUCUAAUUAAUUUGAUAUUGGCUGUUGUUGCCAUGGCCUAUGAAGAACAAAAUCAAGCAACCCUGGAAGAAGCAGAACAGAAAGAAGCAGAAUUUCAGCAGAUGCUCGAGCAACUGAAAAAACAACAAGAGGAAGCUCAGGCAACAGCAGCUGUAGCAGCAGCAUCAGUUGCGUCGAGAGAUUUCAGUGGAGUAGGGGGAUUAGGAGAGCUCUUAGAAAGUUCUUCAGAGGCAUCGAAGCUGAGCUCAAAGAGUGCUAAAGAAAGAAGAAAUAGAAGGAAGAAAAGAAGACAAAAAGAACUCUCGGAAGCCGAGGACAAAGAAGAUGUUGAAAAGUUUCCAAAAUCUGAAUCAGAAGACAGUAUCAAAAGAAAAGGUUUCCGUUUUUCCAUGGAUGGAGGUCGAUUGACAUAUGAAAAAAGGUUUACUUCUCCACAUCAGUCUUUGCUGAGCAUUCGUGGCUCUCUAUUUUCCCCUCGGCGUAACAGUAGAACAAGUAUUUUCAGUUUCAGAGGUCGAGCAAAGGAUAUAGGAUCAGAAAAUGACUUUGCUGAUGAUGAACACAGCACUCUUGAAGAUAAUGAGAGCAGAAGGGAUUCCCUUUUUGUUCCAAACAAACAUGGAGAACGGCGCAAUAGUAACAUUAGCCAGACUAGUAUGUCAUUCAGGAUGGUACCAGCACUUCCAGCAAAUGGGAAGAUGCACAGCACUGUGGACUGCAAUGGCGUGGUUUCCUUGGUUGGAGGACCUUCAGCUCUUACUUCGCCUACUGGACAGCUUUUCCCAGAGGGCACAACUACAGAAACAGAAAUAAGAAAGAGAAGAUUAAGUUCUUAUCAAAUUUCCAUGGACAUGCUAGAAGAUUCUGCUGCAAGACAAAGAGCAAUGAGUAUAGCCAGUAUACUAACAAAUACAAUGGAAGAGCUUGAGGAAUCCAGACAGAAAUGCCCACCAUGCUGGUACAGAUUUGCAAACACUUUCUUGAUCUGGGACUGCUGGAGUCCAUGGUUAAAAGUAAAACACAUCGUAAAUUUGUUUGUGAUGGAUCCAUUUGUUGAUCUUGCUAUUACUAUCUGCAUUGUUCUAAACACACUGUUUAUGGCAAUGGAACAUUACCCAAUGACACAGCAGUUCAGCAGUGUGCUUUCUGUGGGAAACCUGGUAUUUACUGGGAUCUUCACAGCAGAAAUGGUUCUAAAGAUAAUUGCCAUGGAUCCUUAUUAUUAUUUUCAAGAGGGCUGGAAUAUUUUUGAUGGCAUUAUUGUCAGCCUUAGCUUGAUGGAACUUGGUCUUGCAAACGUUGAAGGAUUAUCGGUUUUGCGAUCAUUCAGAUUGCUUCGAGUUUUCAAGUUGGCAAAAUCUUGGCCAACACUAAACAUGCUGAUAAAGAUUAUUGGUAACUCAGUGGGGGCUUUGGGAAAUUUAACCUUGGUGCUGGCCAUCAUUGUCUUCAUUUUUGCUGUGGUUGGCAUGCAGCUGUUUGGUAAAAGCUACAAAGACUGUGUUUGCAAGAUUGCCACAGACUGUGUACUUCCACGCUGGCACAUGCACGACUUCUUCCACUCUUUCUUGAUUGUAUUCCGAGUGCUUUGUGGAGAAUGGAUAGAAACUAUGUGGGACUGUAUGGAGGUUGCAGGCCAAACCAUGUGCCUUAUAGUUUUCAUGCUGGUCAUGGUCAUUGGAAACCUGGUGGUACUGAACCUGUUUCUGGCCUUGCUGCUGAGUUCAUUUAGUUCAGACAACCUUGCUGCUACAGAUGAUGAUAAUGAAAUGAACAACCUCCAGAUUGCUGUGGCAAGGAUUCAGAAGGGAAUAGAUUAUGUUAAAAAAAAAUUACGGGAAUUUGUCCAAAAAGCCUUUGUUAGAAAGCAAAAAGCUUUAGAGGAAAUCAAAGCACUUGAAGAGCUAAACAAGAAGAAAGACAGCUGCAUUUCUAACCAUACUGUAGUAGAGAUAAGCAAAGAUCUUAAUUAUCUUAGAGAUGGGAAUGGAACUACCAGUGGUGUAGGAACGGGAAGCAGUGUGGAAAAAUACAUAAUUGAGGAAAAUGAUUACAUGUCAUUCAUAAACAACCCAGGCCUCACUGUGAUGGUACCCAUUGCUGUUGGAGAAUCAGAUUUUGAAAAUUUAAAUACAGAAGAAUUUAGCAGUGAAUCAGAUGUGGAAGGAAGCAAAGAGAAACUAAAUGCAUCCAGCUCAUCUGAAGGCAGUACAGUUGAUAUUGCCCCUCCUGGAGAGGGUGAACAAGCUGAGAUUGAACCUGAAGAAUCUCUGGAACCAGAAGCCUGUUUUACAGAAGGUUGCGUGAAGAAGUUCCCAUGUUGUCAAGUAAGUAUAGAAGAUGGAAAAGGGAAAAUAUGGUGGAAUCUUAGGAAAACAUGCUACAGCAUAGUUGAGCACAACUGGUUUGAAACAUUCAUUGUCUUCAUGAUUCUCCUGAGCAGUGGUGCUCUGGCUUUUGAAGACAUAUAUAUUGAACAGCGCAAGACUAUCAAAACCAUGCUGGAAUAUGCUGACAAGGUUUUCACAUACAUCUUCAUUCUGGAAAUGCUUCUAAAAUGGGUAGCAUACGGCUUUCAAAUAUAUUUCACUAAUGCCUGGUGCUGGCUGGAUUUCUUAAUUGUUGAUGUCUCAUUGGUAAGUUUAGUAGCCAACGCCUUGGGCUAUUCUGAACUUGGUGCCAUUAAAUCACUAAGGACACUAAGAGCUUUGAGACCUCUAAGAGCUUUGUCACGAUUUGAAGGAAUGAGGGUGGUUGUCAAUGCCCUUGUUGGAGCAAUUCCAUCCAUCAUGAAUGUGCUUUUGGUCUGCCUUAUAUUCUGGUUAAUCUUCAGUAUCAUGGGAGUAAAUCUGUUUGCUGGCAAGUUUUACCACUGUGUUAAUACUACAACUGGUGAGAUGUUUGAUGUCAGUGAUGUUGACAAUUAUACUCAGUGUGAAGAGCUUAUAAAAAGAAAUGAAAGUGCCCGAUGGAAAAAUGUAAAAGUAAACUUCGAUAACGUAGGAGCUGGGUAUCUUGCUCUGCUUCAAGUAGCUACAUUCAAAGGAUGGAUGGAUAUUAUGUAUGCAGCUGUUGAUUCACGAGAUGUCCAAGAUCAGCCAAAGUAUGAGGAUAACUUGUACAUGUAUCUUUACUUUGUCAUCUUUAUUAUCUUUGGAUCAUUCUUUACCUUAAACCUUUUCAUUGGUGUUAUCAUCGAUAACUUCAACCAACAAAAAAAGAAGUUUGGAGGUCAAGACAUAUUUAUGACAGAAGAGCAGAAGAAAUAUUACAAUGCAAUGAAGAAACUAGGGUCCAAAAAACCACAAAAACCUAUACCUAGACCAGUGAACAAAUUCCAAGGCAUGGUAUUUGAUUUUGUAACAAAGCAAGUAUUUGAUAUCAGCAUCAUGAUUCUUAUCUGCCUUAACAUGGUUACAAUGAUGGUAGAAACAGAUGAUCAGAGUAAAGAUAUGGAAACUAUUUUAUCUCGGAUUAACCUGGUGUUCAUUAUCCUUUUCACUGGAGAAUGUGUCCUGAAACUGAUCUCACUCCGUCAUUAUUACUUUACCAUAGGCUGGAACAUAUUCGAUUUUGUGGUUGUCAUUCUUUCCAUAGUAGGAAUGUUUCUAGCUGAAUUGAUCGAAAAAUAUUUUGUGUCCCCCACCUUGUUCAGAGUCAUCCGACUCGCCAGAAUUGGUCGAAUCCUACGACUCAUUAAGGGAGCUAAAGGGAUUCGCACUUUGCUCUUUGCUUUGAUGAUGUCUCUUCCUGCUUUGUUUAACAUUGGCCUCCUGCUCUUCCUGGUCAUGUUUAUUUACGCAAUAUUUGGGAUGUCCAACUUUGCCUAUGUUAAGAGGGAAGUUGGGAUCGAUGACAUGUUCAACUUUGAAACUUUUGGCAACAGCAUGAUCUGCCUAUUUCAAAUUACCACAUCCGCUGGUUGGGAUGGCUUGUUAGCACCAAUUCUUAACAGUGGGGAACCAGACUGUGACCCACAUAAAGAUCACCCUGGAAGCUCUGUUAAAGGAGACUGUGGUAACCCUUCAGUUGGGAUUUUCUUUUUUGUCAGUUACAUUAUCAUAUCAUUUCUAGUUGUAGUAAACAUGUAUAUUGCUGUGAUUUUGGAGAACUUCAGUGUUGCAACUGAAGAAAGUGCUGAGCCCUUAAGUGAGGAUGACUUUGAGAUGUUCUAUGAGGUUUGGGAAAAGUUUGACCCAGAUGCAACCCAGUUCAUAGAAUAUAGUAAACUGUCUGAUUUUGCAGCUUCACUGGAUCCUCCUCUUCUUAUAGCAAAGCCCAACAAAGUCCAGCUUAUUGCAAUGGAUCUGCCCAUGGUAAGUGGUGACAGAAUUCAUUGCCUGGACAUCUUGUUUGCUUUUACAAAGCGUGUUUUGGGUGAAAGUGGGGAGAUGGAUGCACUUCGAAUACAAAUGGAAGACAGGUUUAUGGCAGCCAAUCCUUCUAAAGUCUCCUAUGAACCAAUUACAACUACAUUAAAAAGAAAGCAAGAGGAGGUUUCUGCUACUGUUAUUCAGCGAGCUUACAGACGGCACCUUUUAAGGCAAAAAGUUAAAAAAGUUUCUAGUCUGAUUAAAAAAGAUAAAAACAAAGAAGGAGAUGGACUACCUAUCAAGGAUAUGAUUAUUGAUAAACUAAAUGAGAAUUCUACUCCAGAAAAAACAGAUGAGAGCUCCUCAACAACCUCACCACCCUCUUAUGACAGUGUAACAAAGCCAGAAAAAGAGAAAUAUGAAAAAAACAAAGCAGUAAAAGACUACAAAGGCAAAGACAUCAGGGAAAGUAAAAAGUAAAAUACUAAAAAUUCUGUUUGUAGGUCACCUUGUUUACAGCCUUUGAAAGUAAUGUAUCUGUGUCAACAGGACUCCUGUAGGAGGUUUAUGCCAAACUGACUGUUUUUACAUAUAUAUAUGUAUAUACACAUUAUAUAUAUACUUAUGGUCAGUGCCUAUAACAAGACAGUGACCCAUCGUCAUCAACCUGUAAGUCUAAAACAGGGUAACAUACUUGAUAGGUGGUUACUGUUUUCAUUACAGCUGACACUGCUGAAGAAGAAAGACACAAUGGUUCUUUACAUCAUAGGAGCCCUGAAAGGUGUGCAAAGCUACAUUUUUUGCGUUUUUGACAUACUGAAAAACACCUAGUAUGGUAACUCUAUCCACUGUUUGUAAUUCAACUGCCACAUUUGCCAUAUUUUUACAAAACCAGUGUUAGUGAAUUUUUGAUUUUUUUUAAUCCACAGGUUGUUUAAUAUUAUAUGUGACUAUUUUUGUAAAUGGGUUUUAUGUUGGGGGAGGGGGUAUGAGGGCUGGGUGUUUUACUCUCCGAUUCUCUAUAAUGUACAGACAAAGUGAUUUGCAUGGAGGCAUGCUGCACUUGUAGAUUGUGCCUG